UCCAUGGUUAGUCCAGGCGAAAUAAUAAUCUUUUAAUGUUAUUUUUUCAAUUAUCUCUCAAUUCAUUUAAGAUUUCUAAAUUAAUGCACGUCUUAAAAUGUUAUCUUUAUAAUACUUUUUCUCCUCCCGCACUUGUGCCGUGAUUAAAUAAAUAGGUUGAACCCGAGAAUUUGUUUGCAAAAGAAAGUAAAAUCACAUUACCAUGAUGAGUGUCAAAAUAGAGCACGAAGAUCCAGGAAUAUGUCGUGGCUGCCUCAGUUCAGACAGGAAGCUUGCUUCUGUGACUUCUGGCGACCUGUACUUUUCUCUAUUGACAGAAGAGCAAAAACUGGAAGCAUUAACCAUAUCGCAGAUAGCUCUGUGUUGGGAGUGUAUGGCUGUGCUUAACAGGACGCGCAGGUUUAAAGCCCAAGUUCAAAAUGCGCACAAAAUUCUGCAAGAAUCUUUACAACUUUCGCCAACAAAACCUACCCUUUCUUCACUUACGGUCCAUCACAAAUUUGAAUAUGAUGCUGUUCUUGAAGAAGGCAAACCAUCUGAAGAACCAUUAGUUUUCGUUGAACAAAAACCAAUUAAAACAGGAGAAAAAAUAAAAGUUAUCAUUCCCACAAAGUAUAAAACUACAGUUACAACAAACAAUGUAGAAAAUGUAAAAAGUUUCAAAGAUGUUAUAAACGAUCUUUUAAAAAAUGUGAAAAUUGAUAAAGAUGCUGAUACUGAACAUCCCAAUAAUGACAGUGACGAUGGUGAAGAUGAUGAGAACUUUGAAACUGAUGAUAGAAAUUAUAGUUCAUCUGAAGAAAUGUCAGAUAUCGAAGAUGAUACUCUAAAAAACUUACCAAAAGCUGCUAAGAAUACUAAGAAUAGUUUAAUAAAACCAAAGCAAAAUGAUGUAACUAUUAUGGAAACAGUCACUAAACCCCUAAACCGAAAAGUGGACACAAAGAAAAUAGAAGUUCCAUUGAUUAAAACUCCUGCAAUGCUAAAAUUGGAAAUGGAAUUAAAAAAGCACAUGAGUGUUAUGAAGGUUGCACCAAAAAAGGCAACAAUCAACUCGCAAAAGAAACGUGAUGAAAAAAAAGUGACUAAUGACAAAAAUAUCCAUAAAUCAGAUCCUGAUGAAGACGAGCCAAUAAGAAAAAAACAAAAGCAGCCAGAGUUAGAUCCAGAUUUUGAUGUAGGCGGUGAUGAUGAUUAUGCUACAGAUGAUAGUGAAGAAUUUAAAGCAAUUGGCAUAAAGAAAAGUGCAGAAGAUGAUGGCAAAACGGAGAAACAACGUAAAUUUAGGAAAACAAUUACACAUUAUAAAAAUAUUGCUGAAGUGUCCUCAUAUUUUACAGAAAUCGAAAUGAGUGAGCAAGAAAUAAGGAGCGCAUUAGACAAGGAUGAUGCAAUCGUUAGAGAUAAGAAACCUAAAAAAUGUAACAUAUGUGGAGUGCUGUUUGGACAUAGGAGAGCCUUAAAUUAUCAUGCGUUGAGGUUACAUAAAGGCAAUUAUCCCGGCCAAUACAGAAAAGGAGGUUGGUACAACCCACCACUAGUUUAUCCUGAGAAGUCUGUAUGGCGGUGCCACAUUUGUGACAGAAUGAUGCGGAAGGAACACAUAGUCGCUCACAUGGAUGAGUACCAUAGGACUCAGUAUUUCUGCAAUGGAGACGGGUGUGAAUGGUGCGAGAAGCCUUUUUGGGAAAGGGAAGAUUUUGACCAGCACUGGGAAGAAAUUCAUAAGAAGGCUAUAUGUGACUACUGUGAAAAAAACAAGAGGUGCAAAAAGUACUUGGAGGCGCAUAUGCAGAAAUCCCACGCUAAACGAGUAAAAUACGUCAUCCAAAAUACUCAAUGCAAGAUGUGCUUAAAGACAUUGUCCUCGCGCGAUGCUUUGAAGAACCACAUAUUGUACGUACACGAGAAGUAUGAGGAGCCAGUAGAGCAGCGGUACUGCGUCGAGUGUGACAUGACCUUCAAGAGGAUUGCCAUCUUUAAUAAGCACUUUGUUGAGCAUCAUUCGGGCCUGCCUAAACCUAAGUAUCCGUGCGAACAUUGCGGGAGAGUGAUGUCCAACAAAACUACGUUCCAAAACCAUGUACGGCUCUUCCAUGAAGGCAAGACUGACUACCGCUGUCACAUCUGCGGCAAGUAUUUGUCGAAGGCGCAGGCGCUGAAAUAUCAUUUGGACAUGCACAACAAUGUAAAACAACCGAAGACCAAGAAGUGCAACAUAUGCGGACGCUUGUUUGUGGACACCUUAAGUCUACGUUACCAUAUGUACACACACACGGGCGAGCGACCGUACCGAUGUCCGCACUGCGAAACGGCUUUCUCGCAGCCGCACUGCCUUCGUACGCACUUGAUGAAGCAGCACAACAUUGACGCCAGGGUGAAAUCGGACGGGACGAUCACUGAAAUGACUGGGAGGGAAAUAGUAGAUUGUGUCGCAAGGGAGCAAAGUGACGUGUUUACGGCGAGGUUGUACUUUGAUUCCUAAACGAAGCGAAGGAUUCUAUAAUAGAAUCCUUAGCGUAGUGAGGGAUUCAAGGGUGUUACGCCCAAUAUGGAAAUAAUUUUGCUACCACGUGACACAUACUGCUUUUCGCAUCACCUAUGAGGUAGUUGUAAUGUUGACAAAUAUUAUUUAAGAUUAAAAAAUAAUGUGCAUAAAACUAGAACAGAAAAGUGUUACUUUGAUCCGUCCUAGCAGGGAAGAAAAGUGCCGCUUUGAUCCCUCCUAGCAGGGCAGAAAAAUCCCUCUCAGUAGAGAGAAAAAAAGCCCCUUUUCUAAUUGGUGAUGUGCAAAAUAAGUUGCCAAUAAAUUAAUUUUUAAAAACAGUUAUUGCCGACUGUACUUCGUACCAGAUUAUUGUAUUGUAUACCUAUACAUGUUUGCAAAAUGUAGUUUUCAACAUCGGUACCACAUAGUCCUUCCAAUAAGGACGCUCGGACAGGUUAUAUGUAUAAAGAUGUCAUCCUUAUUGUAAGCGACAAAAUGGUAGCUUUGAUUAUUAACUCACAAUUUUAAAAGCGGCUAAUAUAAUAGCGUGUUUUAAGUUGCGUCUAUUAUGUCUGCGCUAUGGAAAGAUAGCGUCGCAUUUGUACCAACGUCAAGCAGUGGACUAGACGGACGCUCGGUAGACGCUAGUGCGGGACGUAUCUUAUAGUAGAAUAAGAAUGAUUUGCAUGGAUUUAUUAUAUUGUUACAAGUGAAGCAGGUAAGUGUGAAAUAAAUGAAUAUUUUCAAUCUUGUUGUUGACUUAGUAUUACCAGAGUGUAGUACCUAAAUUAAAUCAAGAGCGUAAUCGUAACAUAACAAAGGUAACUAAUUAUUUGGUCAGCUGUUUUUAAAAUUGAUCUCCAAAAAAAAAUAGCAAUUAAAUCAUUUGGAAAGCAUACAAAUAUUUUAUAGGCAAUAAAUAAAAAUCGAGCUACAACUCAUGUUCAGCAAAUAAUUCACAAACGGUCAACAUUAUAAACCAAUAUCGGUCUGCUUUUAUUAUAAUUUAUCAGCUUAAUAAAUACUUGGUCCGCAAAAUUAUUAUUUGAUCAGGAAGGUUUAAAAAUUGGUCGGCAGAAAAAUAAUGUUUCUAAGCAGUUUAAUUGAAACGUAUGCAUAUUAAAGGAAUGGUAAGCUGAUAUAAUAAAGUGGAUUACAUUUGAUUUGAAAAAUCAGCAGAGUUGCGGGCGGAGCGGAAUCAGACCACGUGACAUGCGCGGCGCAGACCAAGCUACUAGAAAAGUGGGUUAGGUUAGGUUAGAACUGCGACCUUCACAGAAGUCAACUGCUACUAGAAAAGUGGGUUGGGUUAGGUUAGAACUGCGACCUUCACAGAAGCCAACUGCUACUAGAAAAAGUGGGUUAGGUUAGGUUAGAACUGCGACCUUCACAGAAGCCAACUGCUACUAGAAAAGUGGGUUCGGUUAGGUUAGAACUGCGACCUUCACAGAAGCCAACUGCUACUAGAAAAGUGGGUUAGGUUAGGUUAGAACUGCGACCUUCACAGAAGCCAACUGUUGCUAGAAAAAUGGGUUUUUGCUGAUCAACUGAUUUUUCAGCUAACCAUUUUUUGCGGAUCAGUUGAAUUGUAAUCCAAAAUGAAAUAAUUCGCUUACCCACUGAUUGCUUACCAAAAUUAGAUUAAUGGUGGAUCGCUUACUGCCGCUCAAAUAAUUAAUUUGCCAACCAAAUCAAUUUAGAGCAGCUCAGUAUGACAUUAAUUGCGAACUGGUUUAGAAAUACUUGCCUACCAAAAGUUGCCGACCAAGUAUCAAUUUCUCCUGACCAUAUUUUUUUUUUUGUUCAUCUAAAUAGGAAUAUUCUGCAGAUCGAUUAAAUAGCACCCCAUAACAAACAGUUUUCUCGCAGUCGCACUGUCUCCGCAGGCAUUUGCUGAAACAGUACGAUGUCGACGCGAGGAUGAAAGGGGACGGGACGAUCACUGAACUAACUGGGACGGACAAUAAUAGUACAUUACUACAGAGGCCGGGACGAAAGGGGUUGCCGGCCGAAAACAUAUAGACGAUACGAAAACGGAUAGGUCUGA